UGAAAGCAUGGAGCGCAAGUUCCUUUUACUGUCUAUUGCAAGUUCACCCCCCACUUUCAAAUUCGUUUGUUGUGAUUUUUAACCGCCCGCCGUCAUUGCCUCGGAGGAGCAGGAACGAGCCUGUGUAAAAUAGCUCACUGAACGUUAUAAUGACCUGCCAGAGCACAUACUGUAUAGCGGUUGCGGCACAGACAGCGAUGGAACGCCAGAAACAACAACGGGUAUCUUUAAUGUCAUGGAUGAAAAAGAAAGAUACUCUCCGUGAGGUUGAACCCCCCACUCUUAAAGUGAACUCUCAUUCCCAGUCAGAAGCCAGAGAUGUGCAGAAGUUGACAGUUGUCAGUGAUCAAUCAGUGUUAAUGAAAUCAAGGGUCUGUGUAUCCACCGAAGGACUGGAAAAGGUGACUCCUGAGAAAGACAUAUCAUUGGAAGGUCAAGACUGUGUUCAAAAUGAUGUUGAGAUGAUGCCACCUGUCAAAGAGUACUUGUUAAAUGAGGAGCAGAGCUUUUGUUCACCUACUGAAGGAGUCAAAGAGGUCUGUAAGCAUGACGUUGUCACUUCAGCAAUAUCAAGCAUGGACAGAUGUGCUGAAUGUGUGGGACCUGUUGCGGCACUGAAGUGGAUUGGCCUGAGAUGUAAAUUGUGCUCCAGUUUUUGGCACAAGUCCUGUUAUACAAAGUUUCACAAAUGGACUAGAAAACAGUCAUCACUGAUGAGAUCAGUAUUACAGAUUCUGAUGCCAGUGAUCCUGAUGAGAGCGAGUCUGAGGAUGAUGCUCCUGCUGGAGCUGUAGGUGUCUCCAGUGAUUUUGAUGUUCAGAAGAUGCCCAUCGAGGAAGCCACUGAAUUUUUGAAAGGUACCUGAGGUUAAAUUUGGAACACAACCAUCAUUGUAAGUACAUGUGCUCUCAUAUAGUUGGAGCUUUCUAAUGUAUUAAUUAUUCUGUACAGCGAAUGAGAGUGAGGCAGAAAUUGAAAACCCACGCAGAGGACAAAAAGUGUGCUGGUCGAAUCGCGGAA